CGUCCGGCGAGGGGGCAGGACUUCCUUGUUGUUGCUAAGACACUCUUGUUUCGCUCCUUGACAACCCUGGCGGGGGUGCGCUAGCUGUGGCCCCGGCUCCGGCCCCCGCGGGAGCAGCACCCCUUGAGGAAAGACAUUUUCUGCUCCCACCCAGUUGGCAGGGCCUGCUUCCUGAAUCCCCAGAGUGUGGUCUUCACUGCCAGCGCCAGCACCUCCUGAGAGCCCACUCUCUCCCUCCGGGGGUCACGGUGGAAGGAUCAUGGGAGAAACAGAAGGGAAGAAAGAUGAGGCUGAUUAUAAGCGACUGCAGACCUUCCCUCUGGUCAGGCAUUCGGACAUGCCAGAGGAGAUGCGAGUAGAGACCAUGGAGCUAUGUGUCACGGCCUGUGAGAAAUUCUCCAACAACAAUGAGAGCGCUGCCAAGAUGAUCAAAGAGACGAUGGACAAGAAGUUCGGCUCCUCCUGGCACGUGGUCAUCGGCGAGGGCUUUGGGUUUGAGAUCACACACGAGGUGAAGAACCUCCUGUACCUGUACUUCGGGGGGACCCUGGCUGUGUGUGUCUGGAAGUGCUCCUGACACCGCCCCCCCCCCCACCCCUGCCCCCAUCCCCUGCAGGGAUGGGGAGCGGCCCCAGGCAGGCCCUCGCUUUGCAAAGGAGAGCCUGGGGUCUUUCCUUUUGCCCUUUGAUGACAGUUUCCCGAGCCGCGCCCAGCGGGUGAACGCGUGGACACCUUUCCCCAGGCCCCCAGCGCGCGAAGGGGAGAGCAGGCCGCGGUCUGGACGCAGGGGAGGGGUGGGAGGUGUGACAGGGUAGGAGGGUGGGGAGGUGGGAUUUUUCGCACAAGGACACGCCAGCCCCACCUCUCUUGGGGGCCGCUCUCCCCUCGCUCCCGGGAGCCCCCCCCCGCCCCCCCCCCCCGCUCCCUCGCGCUGCAGCCGGCCUGCACCGUCCUUGUCUUCACCGGCCAUAUGCACGUGGCCCCAGGAGGAGCCUGUCCUCUCAAGGGACACUGGCAGCUUUCUCCCCUCGUCCUCUGGAGAAGAGGUGACCCUCCAGAAGCCCCUUCCCCAGCCCGACCCCAGGCUGAACAAACCGCUGCCUCUCAUUGGACCGCCAGCUCCGUCGUCCCCGGCUUUGGCGCGAGGACCGACAGCCUUUCCCCACGUGCUGUCCUCCCUCCCCAGCCGCCAGGCCGCGAACCUUUUGUACCGCCUCCACCUGUGCACUUGGGCUCCCGUGGCAGAGGGCGUGGGUGUCACUGAGCCUCCGGCGAGGCUCCUGGGCCAGGAGUGCGCUCACCACGAGGCCUGUUUCGGCAGGGAAACCUGGCCUGCCAGUUACUUCUCAUCAGGGACCGCAUGCUGAUUUGUACUUCUGAUCUCUGCUGGCUUUUCUAUAUUCUUUUUUGAGCGUGGGGAGAAGGGUUUUAGUAGAAGGGUGAAUCCUAUUUUACACAGCGGUCUUAUUUAUAUAAAUGUCUUCGUUUUUACAAUUAAAGUGACCAAAAAUGGACCUUGA